CAAUGCUUAUAAUUCCACCAACCAAAUUAACAUAAACACUUAAAACACAACCUCUCCAAAACCCUUAUACUCAUAAACUAUUUCCCAUCCUUUUUCUUUUUUCUUUUUUUUUUUUAAUUUCUUUUUACCAUAUGGAUAGUAACAAAUACGCCAACAAUAAUAAUGGUACUACAUCUCCGCCGCCCCUAACCUCCUCCGAUCACAGCCUCGACGCCACCGGCAUGCGGACCGUCGACACCUUGCUCCGCCUUGUGCCGAUGGGCCUCUGUGUCGCUGCGCUUAUUGUCAUGCUCAAGAACUCUCAGACCAACGACUAUGGCUCUGUCGCUUACUCCGACCUCGGAGCUUUCAAGUUUUUGGUGCAUGCUAAUGGGAUAUGUGCUGGCUACUCGUUUUUGUCGGCGGCGGUGGCGGCCGUGUCUCCGCCUUCAACCACUUCUAAAGCUUGGACUCUCUUCUUCCUUGAUCAGCUGUUGACGUACCUAACCCUAGCGGCGGGGACGGUGUCGACGGAGGUGUUGUACCUGGCCUACAAUGGAGACACUGAAAUAACUUGGAGUGCAGCCUGUGGGACAUUUGGGAAAUUCUGCAGCAAAGCUACAGCUUCGGUUGUCAUCACAUUUGUUGUGGUUGCUUUCUAUGCUUUCAUUUCCAUUUCAUCUUCUUACAAACUAUUUAGUAGGUACAAUGCUCCAUUGCCAGAUCCUUCCAAGCAACUUCAGAUUCCAGCCUUCCAUGGCUAGAUUUUAGCCUACAUAACCUAAGUUUCUAUUUGCUUUGCUUUGCUUUGCUUCUCAUACUCUCUAGAUCAUUUAUCAUGGUGCAACUGUAUACACUGUGUUAAUGCAAAAAACAUUAAAAACUUUUUAAGGUUUCCUAGUGAAAUAUUCCAAUAAUGAUAAUCCUUUUGGGUUCAAA